AUGGAGUGGCUGCGUUUCGUCUUGUUAUUGUCAACGUUUCUGUGUCGCAUAAAAUGGGGUAUGGGGAGUGGUUCGGGAUCGGAACUGAGUCAACUCACUCGGGAGUUGUUGGAGUCGGCGAGGGAGGCGGAGUUCUUGGACUGGUUGACAAGUGUUCGGAGGAGAAUCCACGAGAACCCGGAGUUGGCCUUUGAGGAGUACGAGACGAGUCAACUUGUUAGAUCGGAGUUGGAGUCGCUGGGGAUCAAGUACUCGUCGCCGGUUGCCAAGACCGGGCUUGUGGCUUCUAUUGGGUCCGGCGCUCAACCCUGGUUCGCUCUCCGGGCUGACAUGGAUGCUCUCCCUAUCCAGGAAUUGGUAGAGUGGGAGUACAAGAGCAAGAACCCUGGCAAAAUGCAUGCUUGCGGCCAUGAUGCUCAUGUAACAAUGCUGCUUGGAGCCGCCAAAUUACUACAGCGCAGAAGCACUGAAUUAAAGGGGACUGUUAAGCUUGUUUUCCAACCUGGAGAAGAGAGUCAUGCCGGAGCUUUUUAUAUGUUAGAAGAGGGGGCACUAGAUAAGAUUCAAGCCAUUUUUGGAUUACAUGUUGCACCAGAAUUAGCCACUGGCACAAUUGGCUCAAGACCGGGUCCAAUGCUUGCUGGCUCUGCCAGGUUUUUGGCCACAAUUCGAGGGAAGGGCGGGCAUGCUGCAAAGCCGCAUGAAACUAGGGAUCCAGUUUUAGCAGCAUCAUUGGCUAUCAUUUCAUUCCAACAGAUUAUUUCCCGUGAAACCGAUCCUCUAGAGGCCAGGGUGGUCUCUGUUGGGUUCAUUGAGGGUGGCAAAGCAGGAAAUGUAAUCCCAGAGACAGUGAGAUUUGGAGGCACUCUCCGGAGCAUGACUUCAGAAGGUUUAUCCUACCUUAUGCAAAGAAUUAAAGAGGUGAUUGAGAUGCAAGCAGCAGUCCAUCGAUGCACUGGUACAGUAGACUUCAUGGAGGAAAAAUUGAAGCCUUACCCAGCAACUGUCAACGAUGAAGAAAUGUACAGUCAUGGAAAAAGGGUUGGAGAAAGUUUGCUUGGGGAACCCAAUGUCCACCUUCUUCCUCUGUUUAUGGGAGCGGAGGACUUCAGCUUCUACUCACAGAAGAUGCCUGCUGCAUUUUUCAUGAUUGGGGUAGCAAAUGAAACGCUCAAAUCAGGCGGACGGCUGCACUCACCCUACUUGGUUAUCGACGAGGAGGUUCUUCCCAUUGGAGCAGCUCUCCAUGCUGCCGUAGCCAUUUCUUACCUGGAUGGCCGCCAUCUUGCCGAGGCUCGUUAAGGACUGGGAUGGAAAAUCAUUGGGAAAAAUAAUAUUUUUCUUUAAAAUUUGUCAAAGAGAAGAAAUUAAAGCAUGCGAGUACGUUCAAUUAUCAAUGUAUUAUUUGUAAAUAUUGGAGAGAUAAACACAUGGAAAAGAAUAUGUGUAAAUAUUCUAGCCCUAAUCUCAUCUUAUCCUUUUAGAAAAAUGUUACCUUGUGU